AUUAUAUAUACAAAUGAGUAACAUAUUCGAGACGCAAGAUGAAGGUGAGAUUCCAAUCGUUGAGAGGAUUGAGCGGCGCCAAUAUUCAGUGGGAAUAUCAAGAACGCAACAAAACUCAGAAUAUUCAGGAAAGGCUGGAAAAAUUGGAGGAAAAUAUAUGUAUAACUUUGCAGAACCAAAAAACGCUUAGUGAAGGCCAAUCGUCACUGGUUCACAACCAAACUGCAAUAUUUGAAAAACUGAAUGAGAUGGAGUCGAAAAUUGUCGAAAAGGCUGAGGUUUUGGCGCAAAAUAAGUCAAUCAGAGAAUGCAAAGUUCUCUUAAAACGAGUUGAGCAGUCAGUGUGCCGCAUGACCGGCGAAGUGACUGAUAAAGAGCUGGACGACGUCGCUAGCACUUUUCCGAUGGAGUCGCAAGCAAUAGUUGCGGAAGUGGAGGAUAGACUGCAAAGCCAGGACUAUGCCCAAACAAUGACUACAUUCCUUCACAAACUUAAAGGCGCCAGUGAUAAUGUGGCUGACGUAAUGCCUAAGGUUUUCUCGGAUGAGCUCUUGGAAGGUUACAAUUGGGAUGGCAGGUGGAGCAAGAAAUCCCUAUGCAAGGGUGUAGGAGUUUCGAGCAAAAUAUAAAGCGAGCAAUACUGCUCAGCCAUCAUAGGUUAAAGCAGCGCACUUAUUUACAAAAAAAAGGAAACAAUAAUUAAAUUUAAAGUACGAUCAACUAAACCCAAAAAAUGAAGCUUUAAUUUUACAUUAAUUUUUUUUUACUUUUUGUACAAUAAAUUAAUUAAUAUUAUAUGAAUUAAAAUAAA